AUGGAGAGGGAGGAGUUUUACAAAAAGUACCAGGAGUACUACGAAAAUGACAUAAACCUAAUUCCGCCGUUAAUUGAAGGGAUGGGCAUCGAGCUGUACGAUCUGUACCUGAGUGUGUUGAGCCAUGGGGGAUACUCCUGUGUGAGCAGAAAUUCUAAAUGGGUUAAAAUAGCAAGGGAGUUUGGGCUCAUCAAUAAGGAGAAAAAUAUAAAGAUUAUAGAAGACACGAAGUGUAUAAAGGAGUACUACCUUACUUAUCUGAGGGAGUUCGAAAGAAUCCACGACAACAUAAAAAAGGGAAAGGCAUCCCCGAAGAAAGGUCGGACAGGAAAAACAUCCAGCAGUUUUGACCUCCGGUAUAAUAAAAAAAUAUCCAUCAGUAAAGGUAACAACAAGAAGGUAAAAAGUGAGACACAUAUACACAAUUUACGACGCUCUGGACAGGUAGGUGGUGUAAGCACCCCAGGGGGGAUGGUACAUCCGGGGGGCAUUAACAAUGGGGAUUCAUUAAUGGGUACUGUAAAAGGCUCCUCCAAGAAUUUGCACACAUAUGGUAGUAACGGAAACGUGAAUCCAGCCUACGUGGAUAUGUAUAAUGUGAACAGCCCACCAGCUAAGCUGUGGAAAGAUAACACAUACCCAAAGGGGAAUGCGUACUGUUUGGAGGACUACCUGGAUGGAAGUGCAAACUGGUAUGGUGGAGGGAACGUUUUAGCACAGAUGAGCAUGAGCACCAAUCGAGUUGAAAGGAGCAAAAGUAAAAGCAGCCACAAGAAAGGGCUCACUAAGAAACGCAGCUUUAAGACUGAAGGAGAUUUCACCGACUCGGACAUGCGUCCAAUGCGUCUGGAGGAUUUUAACCUAGCCAAUUAUGGGUCCUACGUGAAUUAUGCAAACGGGGGAGGUUUCCCUGGUUAUCACGUGGGUUCUUUUCAUGACAUGAAUGGGGGUGCAGGAGGAUAUUACUACUACGGUGGGGAGUUGCCCUAUGGUGUGGCACCAACGGGUGACCCAAACAGUUACAUGGAUCCAAGCUUAAUGAACAGGGGAAAGUACUUUUUUAACAACCACAUGCUUAGUCUUAGCGAAGUUGGUGCAGGGGGAGGUGCAUUCAACAGAAGUGCAAACAUGGGGAAUUAUUUUUUUCCCUAUGGAGGGGUUGGGUUUGUUGGAGCGCCCCACACGCUUGACAGUUCAAUGGAAGGUUAUAAUUAUAUGGGUGCGUCCCCCAGAGGAGGUCUCGUUUGGAGCGGCAUGGGAGGUAACAUUGGUGGUUACAUGGGUGGUUAUAUAGGCGGUCAUAUGGGUGGUCACAUGGGCGGUUACAUGGGAAAUGGCUUGAAUGGAGCUAUGCCCCAGGGGAUGAAUUACGGUUACAACUACAGCGGCAAUUACGGAGGCAACUAUGGAAUGAACUACGGUUGCAAUUAUGGAGGGGACUACUACCAGGGUUACUACCCCCCCUAUGACGGAAACGUUAAGUGGAACCCCUUCGUAGGAAACGCAAAUGAGAAGUUCAUGAUGGGGGUCGGUGGACCUACGAACCUUUUCUCGUUGGACGGCUACCCAGGGUCAUUACCAUACGGCCUGCCCAUAAGGAAUGACACCAACAUGGACGCCAGGAACUGCAUCGAUAUAUACAGAAUUCUAUUAGGACUAAACAAAAGAAAAGAAAAGAUAGCAGACUUUAUAUUCUGUCUGAACGUAUUGUAUACCCUAUCGGUCACAAAUGAUAUGUCCCUAUCGAGGAGGCAAAUUAAAAUAAUCAUCUGUAUACUUUUACAAGUGCUGGAAGAGAUGCUCCUCAUGUUUUACUCUAAGGUGAGCAUGAAGGAGAGAGCAAUGGAAAUAAUGGUGAAAAGUUUUUCAGAUUACUUAACAGACAAGAAUGCAUGGAAAAGUGGGAAGGGAAAUAUAACAUUUGGGGGGGAGGAUUACAAUGGGUUGGUGGCUACUGGGGGGGUUAGUAAGUACCUGAUGGGAUGCACCGUAUGUUCAGGUGCGGUGGGAGAGAAUUUUAACCAAAACGGGGGGAAGGGCAAUUCCAUCAUGGGAACGAAGCUAAGUGACAAAGUAAACGUCAGCGAGAUCGCCAGUUUGUACCUGUCCUACAGUGGGUACUGCCGUGAUAAGAGGAGGAAAAUUAAACACGCAGGGAGGUCGGAAGGGAAUAACGCAGCGGAGGCAAAUAACUCAACAGACGUGGAAAAUUUAACAGAUGUGGAGAACUCAUCGGGGGAGGAAUCCCCAGGGGAGGGAACCAGCACACCCAACAGCGGCAGUGACUGGGAAGAGACGUCCCCCUGGAGUUCCAACCCACCCAGCAGCGUGAACAGCUCAGACAUAGAAAACAUAAUAAUGGGUGGAACCACCAAGGGGGAAAAUAAAUCAGCGGAGAGUCUAUACAAAGAUAAGGAAGAAUCCAAAAAAUCUCUCAUAAAAAAAAGCAAUCAGGAAUUUGUCUUCCUCACUUUAUAUAUAAUGAAUAACAUUUUUCAAACGAGAAAAUAUAACCUUUAUUUUUGUAACAAAAAAAGCGACCACGUUGGGGAAGGCUCGAUAGGGGAAGACAGAGACACCAUGGAAGCAUACAAAGAUGGGGAAACCACACAAACGGGUAGUGGUAACUUCAACCAAAUGGAUAGCGGAAAGGUAAAAGAGAAUCUUAAAAGAGGAACGGUCGUUGGGGAAAAUUCCACCGGUGAUCAUACGCCUGAGGAGAGUAAAAUGAACGAACUGUGUAAGGAGAGCCAAGGGAGUGAGAAGAUAAAUGGGGGUAAUAAUGACGUAUGUGAAGAGAGUGGGAAGGAGGAUGGAGGGGAGUGUUUGACAAAGGCAGGUCAUCUGUUGUCGAAUAAAACUUUCGAGGAGUUCUUGUCAGACGAUUCGUCCGAUUCUUCAUCUGGCUGUAGUAUGUGCAGUUACAAAAAGGGGGGCGUGAAAAAGGAGGCUGCUCCAAGUAGGGGCAUCACUAGGGGGUAUGCCAAAUUUCUGAGCGAUAAGAAAAAAAUGAUGGAAGGGGGGGGUUCACUAAACGGGGAAGGUGUCCCCCUUAGUGUGAAGGUUCAGGGGGAUGAAGAAGACACCACCACCAAAGUGUGUAACAAAGGGGAUGUAAAGUGGCAAAACGGAGAGACCAACGUAUGCGAUUAUUCUCUUCCACCCACUGGUGAAGUGCCCCUCAUGGAUGACGAUAGGCCAGCUCAUUUAGGAAGUGAAUCCAACGGGGAUGUAAACCAACAGGUGAGUGACAACGUAGAUGUCGAGAAAUCACACGACGUGCAGGUGAAGGUGAAGGAAGAAGGUGCUGCAAAUGGGGUAGUAGGGGAGAAAAAGGAUGAUGCAUCCGUUCAUAAGGACAAGGGUGGGGUUACCUCUAAUGGGGGUAACGAUAUGAAGAUGCAGGUGCACCUUCUGGAAGGUGCCACUACGAGUAUUAACCAUUUAAGUGGCAAUCAGAGCGCAGAUAAUUACGGUAAAGGGGGAGACGAAAAGUGUGGUGACGCCGAGCUGUCCCAUGUAGUUAACAAAAAUGAGAAUGAGGGAUCUUCCCCCCAGAAGAUGAGCAAGAGCACUUACGGAGGGUAUUCGGAUCAGAGCAUGGUGGAAAAUAUGAGGCAAAGUGUGAAUGACCCCCAUUUGGUGGGAAGCACGUAUAACAUGACUGGUCACGUGAAUCCAGUUGGAGGCGGUCAGGCAGAUGGAGAGCAAUUCGAGAGGACCUACAACGGUCAGGGGGGUGGCACUCCCUUUGGAGGGAGUCCAUAUGGUCAGGAUUUCCCCGCAAAUUACAAUGGGGGGGUUCCCAAAAAUAACAGCGGGGUGAUGAGCGGCCUUUACGCGCCGAACGGAGAUGCUGGAAGGAGUGGUCUUCCCACGGGGAGCACCCAAGUGGGGAAGCAAGAGGAAGUAACAACGCAGAGUGGAGCAAUCAAAAAGGAAAGUAACCUAAUGGGAAAUGUCGAAAGUAUGAACCAAAAUGGGAAAAUAAAUGAGGAGGAGAGAAUUUGCAAAAAAUGCGGCUCAGCACGUAGACACACCGAGGGGAAGGACGAGCCAAACAGCGACCCAAACAGCGAACCAAACAACAAGCAGGAGGUGAAAAAAAUUUUCAAAAAUGUGAAAAAGGAAAUAUACGAAGAAAUGAAAAAAAUAUUUAAAGAGAAGAAAAUAAAACAGAACAAACUGUUACACUAUUUUGACAUAAGUAAAUUCCUAAGUAUCUUUGAAUUAAUUUUUUUAAAAAAUUUCGAAAAUAUUAUUUUCCAUGAAAAGGCAAUACAGAACAUUUACAUGAACAUGUUCAUAUGUGUAGACAUUUUAAACAACGAAUUGGGAAGAAGCAUUUCGCUGAAGUAUAUAUUUUUUCCUUCCCAGUUUUUGCAAAGCACAAGUAAGUUUAAAAUUACUGCCCAUUUUGAUAGGAAGAAUAAGUUGUUCAUUCAGUCGGGGACACAAGGAGAUGAGUCCAGAGAAUUUGCUCCCAAGGGGGGGGAAACUAAACGUGAGAGUGCCGGGGAGGACAAAGUAAAUUGUUUUCCUACCCUUUUGGAAAACCCAAAUGGGGAAGACAUCCUACAAAAUGGAUUCUCGAAAAGAACAUCAACGGAGAAAGUCGAAGGUGAUGAGGUCCCCCCGGUGAUGGAAGGACAGGCGGACCAACUCAGCGGAAUGGAAUACAGGAAAAAAAUAAAAAAACUGUUUUUAAAAAUCUUCAGAAGGAAUAACAAAAAAUAUAAUAUUUAUAAAAAAAUUGACUACGAGUUUUUAAUGAAGAAGUACAAGUAUAGUGGUCCACUCAAUUGUCAAGAGAAGGAGAAAUUUAAAAAGUAUAUCAUCCUUGAUUUGCACGAAAUUACAAAAAAAAUUCUUUUAAAAGUUUAUAAACGGGUCAAUAGUCAUUUAAACAUUGCUAUUUUGUCGUUAAACAUUUUAACGCAUAUUUUGUAUGUAAUUCCCAAGCGGAUGUUGCAUGUUUCCUUCAUUUUUUGGAUUUUAAAUGAAACAAUAAAUGUAAAAUGUGCAUACACAUAUUUAAGUGUCCCUUUGUGCAUUUUAAAUUAUAAUGGAUUUCUUUUCCUGGAAACGAUGAUGAAGCUCAUCAUUCGCAUGAUUGAGCAUGACGUUAUGCCGUUGCAUUGUUACAUGUUGUCUUUCCUUCGCUUGUGUUCGUUCCCAUUGUAUAUUUAUUUGUACUUUGAUAUCCCCGUAUCGCACACACUUAUUAUUACUGCCCUGUCUGCGUUGUAUCUGCUGGUUACUUACGACCCGGACUUUUUGGCCACAGGAUUUGUUAGUGAGAAGUUCGGCGGGGUGCGUUCCUCUAGGGGAAACUGCUUCGGCUGUGGGGAUGAUACGGCACAAGGGGAGAAGAUCACCAGUGUAGACCACGUUUGCAAGAAGAGAAGGCUUUCGGAUCUACCUACCUCGGGGGAUAACACUGGUGAAGUGAAGAGCGAAGAAAAGUGCCAUGUGAAGCAGGAAGUCAAAAAGGAAGGUACGUGGGAAGAACCUCGGGAUACGGCGCAUGAGGAACUGACAGAGGAGAGGAAGGAGCUGCUCGAAAAAAUCUUCAUCAAAACGAUGUUGCUCUUCUUGAAAAAGUCCAUUUACUUUAAAAGCAUUUUCAACUGCGCGAAUAUAAACGAGAAGGAAGAAAUGCUGGUGGACAGCAAGAGGGUGCAAGUCAUUUUAAAAAACUGGAAAAUGAAUAGCGAAGAAAUGGAAAAGGAAAAAGAGGAGUUAUAUUUUUCUAACAUUGAAAAUAAGGUUUUCUAUUUACACGACAAUUUGCUUUUAUACGCUUUGGACAAUUUACCCAUUUCCAGCCCUGCCAAGGAUAUGAAGAUGUGUGAAAAUAUAAAGAACCAGUUCAUCAAUCAGUACUGCACGACAGUUUCCUUUUCGUAUGACUUUGUGAUGUCGUCUGACAGUACGGAAGUACAGAGACUUAGCAUUUACGCGCAUUCGAUAGUGCCUAUUUUUUUGUUCCUAUCUUCUCACCGUAUCUUAUGGCAGUGUUUGUCCCCCCACAUCCCGUUGCUGACACAGAUGGCGUUCAUCCGGACAGACAUCAGUCGAUCCCUGUGGGUCAUACUGAAGGAGUACUAUUUUAGAAGCUUCAUGCGGGAGAAGCGCAGUGGGAAGAAACGCGACUCGUGCUUUGACUCCCGGUUGGUCAAGAUUGAGAGGGUGAAGAGGAAUGUAGCAGAAUGAAUCGAAUUGACGCGAGUU